GAAAUGUUUCGUCUGUAAUCCCCCCAAAGCAAGGUUGUUGUUUACGCGUCGCUGGAUUUUUGAAUUCCUCCUUUCAGUUUUUUUCCAUUUUGUCAUGGCUGGAAAUCGCUUAUCCAAUGUAACGGCGGAUCAAGUUAAAGGUAAUUCGUACGAUUGUUGUUUGAGAAACUUGUUUAAUUAGAUUGGCUUAGUGCUAAUACGCGAUUUUCCGGUUACUUUUCCGGCGACAUACGUAUAUAUAAAUAUCACUUACUUUGAUCGGCCUUCAGAGGAAAACAGGAAUUGUUCAAGCACAUCAGGUGAAAUCUUCGGAUAAAAAUGGACUGGACAAGCUCGAGAGGAACUUGUAAAAACACGUGAACUCUAGGAAUUAGCGAACAGCCCCCUUGCUUUCAUCUCAGAAAACGCGGUGUCGUUUGCAUUGAUGAAGAAAUACUUUUCGAUCAUUAAAAGCUCUGUUAUUUCAAAUAUUUACUAUACUCAGUGUUUUUACGGCCAGUAUUGUGUUAGAUCUUUAUGCAAAUGAGUGAAAAAUAGAGUGGAGGAAAAAUGUUUGUCACAAGGGGUAGCGUAAGAGAAGCACUGGGCCGCACUGGGGUGAGGUUGGGGGCGUGAUCGAUUCAAGAACAGAGCAAACAGGGGGAGUCAUAUUCCCGGGUUUCGCGAUUUGGCGAAAAUACUGGCAGGAUUGGGGAAAGGUUAUCAGGACAAGGGAUUUGCCAAAUUUGCGCACGGAUGCAGCGUUGGGGAAGAAAAUGGUUUAGCCUUGACAGAAGCUCGGGAUGCGGGAUUCCCCUGAAAAAGGAGCAGGAAUGUGGGAUCACGGGCUGUUAUCAGCUGGUGCUGAGAAAUUUCACAAUAAAAAAAAAUGUUUCUAACGCUGGCAAAUACUUCAGUUAAAUUCUAUGUAUUUAUUAAUGCCCCCUUUGAGGGAAACAUUUUUGAAAGCUCCCUCCCUCUCUUACAUUUCCCACCCAAAAAAUUCAAACACCCAAACUAUCAGGGGGCCACAAUUUUGGCAUGUUUAUUAACCCUUCAAUCUUCUCUUUCUACUCCCCCAUUUCCUAUCACACCUCAAAGUCCGUGAACUACCCAUUGGUGUCAUAGGUGUGGCAAUAAAAAAGAUGCAGUAUGGUACAGUGUUCAAGAUUAAAAAGUACAAGUUUUAGGCAAUUGAUUUUGAUACUGAAAGGGUAAGCAUGUAUGAGCUGCAGUAGCGGGUAUACUUAUUAAUUUUGUCAAAAGUAGUUUUAUGUAAGUCAAGGAUAGGGUAUAAAAAAUAGCAAGUUCUACUUUAGAAUAGAGCGUUGUCUGAGCAUACAUUGCAAGCUUGAUAUUACGAAUUAACCACUAUAUAACAAACUCUUGGUAUAACAAAUGAUUGUCUUUACCCCAGUAAUAGCAAAAUAUGUGAAAAAGAACCUUGUUACAAAAAACAAAUGUUGCCAGUCCCAUGACCGUUAAUUAUAUCGAGGUUCCACUGUACCACUAAGCUUCACAUGAAGGCAAAGACAAUCUCUUUGUGGAUUUCAAUACCAGCUGUAAUAUGUACUGCAUAAAAUCAGCAAGUCAUGUGUAAAGGUUUAUCUAAUAAUAUUAUUAGAUUAGUUCUAUGUAUUCUUAUAAUGUAUCAUAAUUAAAUCUUAGCUGCCAUGAGAGAUGUGUUGCUGGCAUUUGAGAGGCCAGAGCAUCAGACAAGACUGCUGGAAAUAGAACAGGAGGCAGGGAGUGACUUGGUAAAGCUUCUUCAAGACCGGCUUCCAUUUGCUGCUGAGAUCCAGCAAGAAGUGAUUAAAAGCCAUGGCUUUUCAGAUGAUGGAGCAGGUAUUCCUACUCAAGUGAUAUAUCAAUCGAACUAAAUUAAAAGUAAGAUGUAUGGACUAUACAUAUUUGACAAAGUUGGUGUCACUUCUUAUAAUAACACAAAAAUUAAUCUUCUUGAAGACUUAAUUAUGCUAGUUUUUGUGAAUAUUUGGCAAAGAAGAUUUCACUGAAAUUAUAUCAGUCUUGAAAUUAAGAAGUAAAAAAUCUUCUGGCAGGUAAAGAUUACACAAAGGAAGGUCCUGAUACUGUAACUAUCAAAUCUACAAACUAAGAUAAUCCCCUAAAAUACUGAUGGCCUGAAGCUGUGAACUUUGAACUACCCACAAUACCUUUCAGGGAUGUUGUGUGCAGUUUUACUCUUUUUUUCGACAACCUUUAAUUCUCGAAAUGGCUCUUGAUUUUAAUGAACGUUGUUAUUGAGAGCAGUUAUUCCAACAAUUUAUUUUGAACUGUAUAUUUUGUUUUGUCUUAUAGGUUCUCUUACUUUCACUCAUGCCAUCAAAUUGUUUGAGAAAGAUGAUGAAGAAAUAGCUAAAAUGGCAGAAGAUCUAAAGUCACGAUUCAUUCCUCUCUUACCUCGUCCACCACUGUUUGUUCCUAGGGAUGUCACAUGAUCUUUCUUACCUGACCUCAUUUUUCUACAUUUUUUAAUGUAUAAUUGUCACGUAGAGUUGAUGAGUGACUACUUUUACAAAGUGAACUACACAAAUUAUGUAAGGUGUAUAUUUGUAAGUGCAUUUCUUUGUACAUAACAUAUUUUAGAUUAGAAAUCUUGAUGUUGUUAAUAGUUUUGAAAAUUUCAGCUGCACUUAUGCAUCUACCUUACUUUACUGUCGAAUAGCUAGUACUCAAUAAAAAAAACUUCAAAAACUAAAUAUAAGAACAACAUGAUAGUGGCAAAAGGGGGAAAAUCAUAUAUACAAGCCUGAAUCUUUUCUGGCUUUCUUUUUGCACCAGCAAAAGUUGGGUCAGAUGGCAGUAAUAUGAUCUUCUUUACAUUUAAUGAAUGGCCUGCAUGGGUGAGGGGGCAUAAGCCAUGAGAAUAGCAAAACAUCUGAGGAAAUGAUAGUCUCCGCUCCCAGGCCACGUUGAUGUUCUUAGGGCUUUGUCACUCAUUCCUUUCCCAUGAAAAUUUGUUGGGGAAGGACUGGAUGACGAGCCAAAAGAACAUCUGCGUGGGAGGGUAGAGGCAAUGAGUGUUAUACAGACUAUUGAGAAUAGAAUGAACCAGCCAGAUGCUCGCGUUACCAUGACCUCCAAAAGGAACCGAUAACAGCUCACUGUUUUGUUGAUAGGUAACUGGACCAAAUGGUUUCCCCUCAACCAAAAAGAACAUUUUGAAUAGGGAUGAGGGCUAGGAGACACCUCUGGUCCUGUUUAUUUAUCUGUCGCAUGGUGACCUGUGGAAUGUGACAGGUAAAAAACCCCAUUGCCCUUAGUAACAAGGGUGUCUGACUGUGAGUUAAUUUGUUAAAAGGUCACAAGUUCGAUACCAGUAAAUUGAGAUUCCAAAUUUUUUCAUUGCCCCACACUUUUUUAAAAUUAAAGCAAGUGAUAAUUAACACAGAAUGACACAUUAUUAUCUGG